UCGGUGCUGUCAUAGCCGUUUUUCAAAACAAACUUUAAAUUCAAUUUUUCGCGAUGGAUUACCGACAAUAUCAAACGAAAUUAGCAAACCACAAAAUAUUUAAAGAUCUAAAGGACAGUUUGAGCAAAUAUUCGGGUACAAAAUUGCGUAAUUUGAUCGAGUUACAAGAUGAUGUUCUUUAUGUGUGGAAUUCGGUUGAAAUUUGUUUAUAUUGUGUGAAUGUGAAACGAUUGGAUGAACUGGACGAAGAAACACCAUAUCAGAAACUGCACCUACUUUCGCCACCAGCUUUCUGCGUGGAGCGGCUGGUGAGCAGCAACUGCGGCAGCCGGCUAUGCCUGUGGGGCUCCCGGGGGGUGACGGUCAUGGAGCUGCCGUCGAGGUGGGGGAGGGGGGGACUGUUUGAGUCCGGACACCAGACUGUGCUAUGCAAGAGUUUUUCCCUGGACGAGAGGUUCCUGUACUCCCAGGGCGAGGUGCUGAGGGUGCAGUGGCAUCCGAAAUCGCUGUCACAUCUCCUCGUGUUGAUGUCAGAUAAUACUAUGAGGCUCUACAACAUAGCGCUAAAGGCUGGUCCGAAAAUGGUGAAAUCGUUCUCAAUAGGACCGAAACCGGUGGGAUCUCUCGGCAUGACGUUACUGGACAGCUUCGGGGACAGCGCUGUGGACUUCACGCCGACACCGGACAGCGAGCACUUGCUGAUUCUCAGCGGGAACGGGGAUGUGUACAUGAUGAACAGUAAUUUCUUAGACAGCAGCAGCCCACUCCACGCUCACAUCCGCGGCCCGCUAGCAAUGUACCCCGCAGCAGAUGACAACUACGGCGCGGAGUCGUGUGCAAUAGCGUGCUUGCCCGCCACACCGGCUACGUUAGUUGUCGUGGCUAGUGCUUCUGCGACUUUGUAUCACUGUUUGCUGUUGCCGUGUCCGACAGAAGACAAAGAUGGCGAUGGUUACGCCCUCUAUGUAGUAGAAUCCGUGGAAUUGAACAUUGUACUGUCCAGUAAGGAUGACGUGCCAUUCGCGUAUCCAGUGCAUCUAUAUCCGUGUGUCGGCAACACAUAUGCGUGCAUGCAUGCUGGCGGUGUGCAUGCGAUCACGCUGCCCGUGCUCGAGUAUUUGAACGACUUCGCUUUGGCUGAUGAGAGCGAGAUCGACACAGUAUUAUCUCUUAUUUCGUCCAAAUCGUCCACGGCCCGUCACUUGCUAUGCACGGCGACGGGUGAAGCAAGCCCACCGCUGGGACUAACCGCCGCACAUCACUCGCUGCUCGUGCUGUGCUCUAGCGGGGAAAUGGUCGCCAGGAGCUUAGAGCCAUACGACCUGGAGGACCAGCUGUUCAAACAGCUGCAACUGAAGAAUCCGUCGUUGGACGAUGACGAUAUUAAUAAAAUACUUAAAGAGCGCCAAAAAUUAUCAUUCACGACGAUAAUUCAAGAGAUAUUGAGUCGGGAAGUGUCGCAGCCGUUACUGAAGAUGAACAAGAAUGUGGAACCCAGCCCUAAAGAGUGCUUGGAGCUAUUAACUACCGCGACGGUGAAACUCCGGGAACAGUACAUGUCUCGCCAACAACGCGCCGGUGCAGCUGUUCUCACCAAGUUGGCAGCACUGCGAGCGUUGCAGCAGCAACAGCAGACCUGGCAUCGGGAAGUGCAGAAUGACAUAGAAAACGUACAGUUGCAAUCUGCAGUUCUACUAGAAAAGAGGAAUUUGGCCGAAAAACGUCAGGAAGAAAUUAAAGAAAGGUGUUCAUCAGUGAUCCGCCAUUUGCGUUCGCACAGCAGCAGCAGCCCGCAAGAGCGGGAGAUGUUGCAGCAGCUGGAGAGCUAUCGCCAGCGAGCUGCACAGAUGCUGGCAACCAGCCGCACGCUGAGAGACCACGCUGAUACCUACCUGCAGACGCUAAAGGAAUGGCGUGAAGACUAUAAGAAGAAGGACAUAGCUCUUGGCAAGUCGCACAGUGACACCAUAUCAUCCAUUUUGCAACAACAGACAAACCAAAUUUCUACAAUUAUCGAAGAAACCAAACUACUGAAGGACCAGCUCGGAGUAGUGUAAUAUUAAGUUUAUUUAUAAGUAUUGACUAAAAUUUGUAUGUAAGUUUGUCAGAAUGUCAUAAAUUAUAGUAUUGUAUUAAAACUUUAAAAAUCAGUAGAGCCAGUUCGUAUUUUUUUUUUCUUUUUCUAAUGUUAAUAUAAAUUGACAAAUGUUUUUUUGCUGAGAAUAAUUUCUAUUUU